AUGUUCCCUGUCUCCACGGCCGUUGUUCAUGUUGAAGAAAAUGCUCCUGCAACAACAGUUGUGUUUACAGCUAAUGCUUCUGAUGCUGAUGCAGGACUUGAUGGUGUAGUCAGAUACAGUAUAGAUCCAGGUCUGUUUGUGAUAGACACAAGGUCUGGAAUUGUCACUCUUAUCCGAAGUUUGGACAGAGAAACUGUGCCAGCUUACAAUGUGACUGUGAGGGCGGUAGAUCAGGGAACACCUCCCAGAACUGGCUCACUCUCUCUCUCAGUUGUGAUUGAUGACGUCAAUGACCAUACUCCCAACUGUGGAACCAGCUCCUAUGUUGUGACAGUCAGUGAGUCUGUCUUGUCAGGCCAUGUCAUUGAAACACUUCGCUGUGUGGAUGAUGAUGAUGAUCCAUCUGGCUUGAACAAUGCAUUAACUUAUGCCAUUUCAUCUAGCCCAAAAGACUUGUUCACUGUUGACAAGUCUGGUGUCAUCAGACUGAAGGAUGGGAGCACCCUUGACCGGGAAACAGAAUCUUCCUACACAAUCAUGGUCACUAUCUCAGACCAGGGCCCGAAACUGAGAUUGUCAACUACAGUCAAUAUCAGUCUUAUUGUUACUGAUGCAAAUGACAAUAGCCCGAACAUCACCUCCCUGGAGUCUCCCACUGUGCCUGAGAACACGGCACCAGGUACCACCAUCACCUCCAUCAAAGCCAGCGACAUUGAUGAAGGAGUCAACAAGCAACUCAGCUUCCAGAUAGCCAGCGGCAAUUCUGACAACUUGUUUACCUUGAAUCCCAGCAAUGGUGACCUUGUGCUGCAGAGGUCAUUAGACUAUGAGAGAGAGCAGAAGCAUGUCCUCAUAGUGGUUGUCCAGGACAGAGGAACACCUGCCAGAUCCGUCAGCGGCACAAUGACAGUGACAGUUUCUGAUGUCAACGACAACCCUCCGGUUUGUGCCAAGUCCAUAUAUAAUGUAACAGUGCCAGAAAACUCCACCAAUCAGAGACUGGUGACAGUGACAUGUGAUGACCUGGAUGUGACAGGCUCGGUUACAUAUAACAUAACUCUUG